AAAAAACAAGACAAGCUCUUAGGUUCCAUUCUCGUGUGUGAUGAGUAAAGAACAAAAGAGAAGGUGACCUUCCAUAUUUCAUUUCCAAAGCAACAUAUCCAAUCUAUCAUCACUUAUUAUCUUUGUCAAUUGUUGCCGUAAGCAUAAUUUUAGAAUUCAAAGAGAAAAAGAAAACAACAACAUCGCUAUCCAAACCACCACAAGUUUUUUUGCUUUCUCUCCCCAAGUAAAAAUCGUUAUCGCCUCCCUUGCUUGGAAAGAAUAACAUCUUGUCAUCUUCCAAACGAUCUACAACAAGAGAGCCACAUUCUUCUUCCUACCUCUUAGAACACAAAACCAUCAAACAACGCCAACCCCUACAAUCACGAAAAUCUCCAAUCUAAGAAGAUCCUUUCGUUUUAAUUGCUAAUACCAGUCCCAAAACAAUGCCCAAACAAACAACCUACCCUGGCCAAGGUGGUAGCAAUGGCAAUAACAACAACCACCAACAACAUUCACAACAACAACAACAGAAUAAUAGCGAGAGCAAUAACAACCUUUAUAAUUUACGAUACCAAGGGCCACAAUCUGCCUUCCAAUCCUCCAACACCUCCAAUGCUCUUCACUUCCUACACCAAUUCGAAAAGCAACAAGGUGGUGCCACCAAUCAACCUUCUCUAUUUAAUUUAUUGGAUGGAUCCACAUCUACGAUGGCUUCCGACGAAAUGGCACACUACUAUCAACGACUCUUCUCUGGCAAUAACAACAAUACCAAUAGCAAUAACAACCUCCUGAAUGCAAUGUCAGCCAAUGUAAAUACUCCAGGAAGUUCCUCCUCAAAUAGCAAUAGCACCAAUCCAUCAGCAUUUGUCUCACCCCUUCCACCAGCAUCAACACCUCUGGCAGAUUCACUCUCUUACUAUUUGGAACAACUUGGAUUGCCAAACCAGAACAAGGGAGGUUUAUUAGCACCAUCAACAAGUUCUUCUUCACUCUUGGGUAAUUCAUCAGCAGGAACAAACAACACAACAUCAGCAAAUGCCAAUCAACAAAUAUCAAAAUCAGCAUCUUCGGACAAGAUUUCAACCUUGCUGAAUAAUAUUAAUAAUCAUAUUACAAGUAGCAGCAACAACAACCUACCAAUGACAUCACCAACAUCCUCAUCAUCCCUUUCGAGUAGUAGUGGAAGUAAUGGACAACACGUAGAAGAAUCAAAGAAAAAGAAGAAGAAAAAACCAGUUGCUCCAGAAUCUGAUGAAGAUGAGGAGAUGCAAAUGGAAGGAGAUGAGAGUGGAGGUUUAUUCCAUCCAAUAGCUUGUGUACAAUGCCGUCGUCUACACAAAAGAUGUGAUAGGAAAUUACCAGCCUGUUCAAAAUGUGUUUCGAGAGGAGUAAAUUGUGAAUAUAAAAUCCCAAGAAAAAAGGGAAGAACAGCCAAACCAAAAACAUCUACUGAAGGUGACCAAAGCAAUAGGGACAUUGCUUCAUCUCUACCAUCAUGGGAAGGAGUUUCAAUGAACCCUCCAGAAUUGGACAGAAUUUCAACAAAUACAGCACCUCAAAUGGCAGAUGUUGAUGUUAGAAGAAUUUCCGAAAUGAACAUGUGUAUCUUCAAUACUACUAAUGCUGGAGUGAAACCUCUUCAUUCAAGCACAACCAAGUUGUUGGCAAACAUUUUAUCAUCUGAAACACCCUAUGGAAAUAUUGCCAAAACACCAGAAAAACAUCUUGACAAGAGAAAGGUACUAGAUUUGUACUUUAACAUUUUUGGUAAUGGUAUGCCAGUAAUUGAAAGAAAAGACUUUGAAGGAUAUCUCUCUUCUAAGUCAAAUAACUCAAAGGAUGACGAUGAAGAAAUUAUUACUGAAGGAAAUGAUAUCAUGCCAAACAAGAAGGAAGUAUAUGCCAUGUUUUUAGCUAUUAAGGCCAUUUGCGAGCAAAGAACUGGUCUUUCAGAUUUAGCUGAAGAAACAAUGAAAAAAGCUAGAGAAGCUCUAUCCAAAUUCUUUGAUGAACAUUCAAAUUUUUACGUGAGUUGUUGUUAUGCAUUCAUGUGCAUCUACGAGUCAGGAUGUGGAAGACUAAAGACUGCCAAAUACUAUUUACAGUCUGUUAACUUUUACCUUGAUGAGCUCAGUGAAGAAGAACAACAAAAUUUGACAAUCUAUCAGAAAAAUCUCAAAAAGAUUAGAAGUUUUUGUAAAGUCUGUUCAUCAAAUGAUAGUGGUGUGCUUUCUCUCUUGAAGGAUUGGCCAAAUGUAUUCGAAAAGACACUUGGUAUUCAAAUACCUACCGAAUGGAGAACAUUACUCGAGCAAGAUUUGACACCAAAUAACUAUUCCACAAUGAUCAAGGUUGUAGAGACACUUUUACACAUCGUAAGAAUGCAUCUCACAAAGACUGGUAGUGAAAGAAACUUGAAGAUUUUCGAUAUGGGAUCAACUAUUGUAUUCCAUGGCAUUAGAUUAGGAAUUUUGAGUGCUGUCAAUCGUGGAAAGGAAUUGAUUGAAGAGUCUGCUCUCAAAAUUACAUUUGGUACAGAGAAUGAGUUAUUCCUCUUUGUGCCACCACCAAUUGUUGCUCACGUUGCAGCAGCUGCCAAAGUUCACCUUCACAUCGUCAAGUCUAUUGAGGCUGGAGAACGUCAAAAUCCAGAGGUAAUGAUGGUACCAACAGUCAACUAUGGUGAGGAACCACGAGUUGGUACUGUUGACUAUUAUGAGAUUUUGGCCAAAGAUUUGAGAGCCUUGAACAUUCUCUCCAAGAGAUAUAAGAAAGUUUCUCUCUUCCACAAAACACUUAUGCAAGAAAUGGAGGAAAUUAUCAAUAGAAAACACUUGAUGAGUGCUCUCAAUUUAUUCACUUCUCACUCUCUGAAUGAUGGAAGCAAACAACCAACUGACUUGCCACAAUUCACUCAAAACUUUUCAUCUGGCUCUCUUCCAACCACCAGUAUUGGCAGUUCUAAUAGCACCAAUAGCACCACUCCUAGUAGUACAACUAGUAGUCUUCCUACCGUUUCCAAUACAUCCAAUAGAAGCACUACCACUACUAAUCCUUUGAGUGGAUUUUCAAAUGAUAUAUUUAGUCACUACAAUCUUUCAGAAUUUUCCGAAUUCCAAAAUGUUAAGAAUACCAAGGACUUUUUCUCAGUUAUUGCCAAUCCAAAGAAUAAUAACAAGAGUAAUAAUCCUAUCAAUAUGGGAACUCAAAAUCAAAUGGUAGAUCCUCCUACUAUUAACUGGCAAGACAUGAUUAAUGGUAGCGGUUUAAAUUUGAAUUUGGGAAAUAAUCUAGGUUUUGGACUUGCUUCUCCUGUUCCAAAUAUGAAUGCAGAGCCAUCUCUUCAAAAUGAAUCAUUCUUUGAGCCAUUCCUAGAUAAUGAUGACAUGCAAGAAAUUUAUUCCUUUGCCUAUGAUGAAGCUUUGGGUCCAUUCAUGAAUAACAGCGAUUAAAUUAUUUAAACAAGUUUCAUCUGAAAUAUUUAAAUGAUGAAACAGUUUUGACCAGUUCAAUAAUAAUGGAGAUUGAAUUUAGAUAAUUCAAAAUAGUAUGGAAUUGAAUAGUGGCAAUUUGAUCAAGCAACCAAUACAACCGAAUAUCAAAUAGUAGGAUAGUUUAGUCUCAAUAAUAAAUUUAAAGUUUUAUAUGAC